UUGGGGCAUUUGUCCUUCUGCAGCACGGCCACACUGUCAGCCCAGACGCUGCUUUUGUGGAAUUGUUGUUAAUUAUUUACUUCGGCGAGCAUGCAAAUGAACCCGAGCGUCACAAUCGAACGCAAACGCGUCGACAGCAGUGUCCUGCCAAAAGGAUGGCAGCGGGACGAGGUCCGAAAAACGGGCAGCAGCUCCAAUAGCAACGCCAGCAGCAACAACAACAGCAACACCACCGCCAGCAGCAACAACAACAAUAACAAGGUGGAUGUUUUCUACUACAGUCCCACAGGAAAAAGGGCCGAGGGAAAGCAGCAGGACUUAGGAAGCCCUGAUUUCCAAUCCGGCAGGAUGCAGCACCGGGCGCUGCCCUCGCCCUCCAUUUCGCUGUACCGCUGCAGCGCCAUGCCGCUGCCUUUGGCAAGUGGCGGUGGAAAUGGUGCCACCUCCGGAUCGGCGGCCAAUGCUCUCAAGCGCAAAUUCGCCAGGAGUCAAGGGGGCACUGCAGCAGGAGCAGGAGCUGUUCCCCCGCCAGUGACAGCCUCAUCGGCAACAGCAUGCGCAUCCCCAUCAACGGCCAAUCGCCAGCAGCAACAGAACGAACUCAGUCGAGCCCUGCGCACAGAUGUCUCCCUGGUGCCGCCCAUCCGACAAACUGCCUCGAUCUUCAAGCAGCCGGUGACGGCGAUCCGCAACCACACUCAGGAUCCCGCCAAAGUGAAGCACGAUGCCAAGCAUGGCACCCAGGAGAAACCAAAGCAGCUGUUCUGGGAGAAGCGUCUGGAACGACUGCGCGCCUGCCACGACAACGGCGAGGAGCUGGACGACAUCUCACUGCCCAAGACCAUACGCACCGUUGGCCCAAAUGUCAACGAACAGACCGUCCUCCAGUCGGUGGCCACGGCGCUGCACAUGCUCAAUGCCGGCGUUCACGGCCAGAGUUCCACGAAGGCUGACUUGACCAAGAAUGCCAUGGCGUUUAUGAAUCCCGAACAGCCGCUCAUGCACGCGGUGAUCAUCUCGGAGGACGACAUACGCAAGCAGGAAGAUCGGGUCGGCGUGGCGCGGCGAAAACUACAGGAUGCACUUAAGACAUGAGUGCAAUGGUUACCCCUCAUUCAUCUACCAAUUCCAUUGUAGACUCUAACAUCUCUAUCUUAUUGACCCCUAUUCGAAAUCUACGUUUAAGACUAGUGUGUAAUAAACCAAAAACAACUCCAAUCGAA